AGUCCAACUUCUUUGGUCUUCAUAUUUAAAACUCGUUUCCGACAAUGCAGAUGCCAUUUAAGAAAAAUGCUUCUUGUCGAAUGUCACUGUCAAUUUCAGAAUCAAGGAGAAGUUCGCAUUGGCGAAAUUAUCGAGAACGCAGCUGAGUAUUAUACAAAAUGCAUUCAUUUCAAAGAACAUCUCGGAUCGGAAACUUUCUCUCAAAGUUACAGUAUUACGGAGUGGUGUUUUUGAUGAUUCCCGGAAUCUUUAUCUUCCAAAUAACUGUCGUAUAUCCUAACCUUGUCGAGAUGCUGCAAGUUGGUGUCAUAAAACAGUUGGUUCAUCUCUGCUUAAUAACGUUCUGCUUCGUAAAUGUUGUUGGUAACAUGAUUUUCAGUAUGAUAAUGGACUCAAAUUUAAAGAAGCCAGUGUAUGGUGAGGGAACUUAUUGCGAAUACUGUCGGAUGGCGAGGCCAGCGAAGAGUUGGCAUUGCAUGAGGUGCAAUGCUUGCAUCUUAAAGAGAGAUCAUCACUGCGCUUUCCUCUCUCGCUGCAUCGGACUCAACAACCAGAGAUACUUCAUCCUAUUCCUCGGUCACAUCUUGUUAUCGAUGAUCUAUGCUACCUAUUACAACUACUACUUCGUGACAAUGAAGUUUGAAAACGAUGGCUGGCUACUAUCAGCGUUCCGCAUCCUGAAUCCUAUGAUAAGGUUCGUUAUACCAGAACCUAUGGGCGUCAAGGACUUGUAUGUGUUCUACUUAUUCUUGAACAUGGGUCUAAUAGUUUGGUCUGGUAGCUUGUUCUUCUAUCAUACAAGAAAUAUUGUGAUGGGGGUGUCCUCUUACGAGUCUAAGUUCCCUGAGCUAAUGGACUCUUCGAAGUGGAAGGAUAAUAUGUUAAGAGUAUUUGGUACUAGAUGGUACCUGGCAAUAGUAUGGCCGAUGUGCGAGAGUCCGUUACCAGAUGACGAUAAAGACCCUUGAUGGGAUAUUGUAUUAGGUAUAGUUAAUUGUAAAUAUUUAUUCACAUUAAAGAGUUAAGUUAA